AUGUAUAUUCUCCAGUACGUGCUCGAUCGCGAGCUUGCAAUUGCGCGCGAUGCGAUUGCAUUGGGUGAUAAGGGUCGCGCACGUCUUGCAUUGCAGAGUCGCGCGUAUCAGCGCUCACUGAUUGAAAAGACGGACGAGCAGCUGGCGACGCUGCAGCAAUUGGCAACUACGAUUGAGUAUGCCGCGAUGGAGCAGAGCAUCAUGCAUGGCCUGGAACGCGGCAAUGAAGUACUACAGAAAAUACAUUCGGAGAUGGAUAUCGAGCGUGUAGAGCGGCUCAUGGAUGAUACAGCGGAAGCACAGCAGUAUCAGCAGGACGUGGCGGACCGCCUCGCAGCGCAGCUUACUGCAGAGGAGCAGGCGGCAGUGGAUGCCGAGAUGGAGGCGCUAGGCGCGGCGCCGUCAGCUCCUGUACCACUUGCUCCUAUGCCGUCUGUGCCAUCUUCACUGCCCACUGACCCACCGGCAGUCGUGGCCAGCAGCAGUACCUAUACCCACAAACAGCUACUUGCAGAGCAAACAUAA